AUGGAGGCGGAGCUGCUGCUGCUGGCAGUCACUGAGGGGCAGAGUAGUAAGUACACUGAACAGCUUGUUUUGAACAAUAUAUUUUUGAAAUAUAUUAUCUAAAAAUAUAGAUUUAUUUAUUUAUUUUGUUGACCAAUCACAAGUGUUAUUUUUUUUACCAAUGACAAGUGGGGCGCCGCUCCUAAUGCCCUAAUGGGCGGGCUGCCCAAGUAAGAUCACCCUUGAUUUUCAAAACACUGCAAGAAACCCUUCAAGCUUUCUCUCUCUGUAGUGGGGCUAUUUUGGGGAGACUAAGGGGGAAGAAGCUAAGGGCUAAUUACAAGUGCCUGGUUUCAGUUUGGAAAGCCCAUUUCUUGUGUAGUUGUGGGAGAGAAAGUGGGGAGAAUAUGUUGGGGUCUUAUGUGGCCAACUCUGCAUGCCUUCAAGGCUCAUGGGAGGGGAGCCUCUCCUCCAUCGUAGUCAACGAGGCCGUGAAGUCACCGAGGUCCCAUGUCUGAAUAUUUUUGUUGCGUGGACCAGUUCGGUCUUCCUCAAUGUUCCUCAACUGAUUUACCGCAAAGAUGUUUUCAGCUCAACGUUUAACGUCACACACUGUACAGUAAGCCUGUUAUGAAAGUUUGAGAUCUCAGAUGUUAUCCAAUCUAUUCUAAAUGAAGUUACACAUUUUUUGCGGUUCCGCCACACUAACGUAUUUGUAUUCAGAGCAACACUAGUAAUUGCUUAAUGGAGCGAAUGUCAUGCCUCGGAAAGACAUUAGGUCACUGUACCUGUACGAAGGGUCAGGCGGGGUUAAAUUGAUAUUACCCGUUUCUGGAACAAGGAGGAAACGCUCAGUUGUGUCUGUUAUAUAGCCUGGGUUUGGUGUGUUUGACCCUGAGAGACGUAGAGCAUCAGGAAUGAGAAAGGUAAACAUCUCCAGUGAGAGGAAUGCUAACACAGUAACACUCCCAGCUAACGUGUUAUCACUGUCAUGGCUGCCCUAUUAUGGCCUGGCUAACACUGAUACAGAUAUAUACACUACAUGACCAAAAGUAUGUGGACACCUACUUGUCGAAUAUCUCAUUGAAAAAUCAAUACAUUUACAUUUUAGUCAUUUAGUAGACGCUCUUAUCCAGAGCGACUUUACAGUUAGUGAGUGCAUACAUAAAAAAUAUAUAUAAUCAUACUGGCCCCCCGUGGGAAUCGAACCCACAACCCUGGCGUUGCAAGCGCCAUGCCCUACCAACUGAGCUACACAGGGCCUAGUGGGCAUUAAUAUGGAGUUGGCCCGCCAUUUGCCGUUAUAACAGCCUCCACUCUUCUGGGAAGGCUUUCCCCUACAUGUUGGAACAUCGCAGCGGGGACUUCAAUCAAUCAAUCAAAUGUAUUUACAAAGCCCUUUUUACAUCAGCAGACUUGCUUCCAUUCAGCCACAAGAGCAUUAGUGAGGUCGGGCACUGAUGUUGGGUGAUUAGGCCCACAGUCGGCGUUCCAAUUAAUCCCAAAGGUGUUCGAUGGGGUUGAGGUAGGGGCUCUGUCCAGGCCAGUCAAGUCAAGUUCUUCCACACCAAUCUCGACAAACCAUUUCUGUAUGGACCUCGCUUUGUGCACAGGGGCAUUGUCAUGCUGAAACAGGAAAGGGCCUUCCCCAAACUGUUGCCACAAAGUUGGAAGCACAGAAUCGUCUAGAAUGUCAUUGUAUGCUGUAGUGUUAAGAUUUCCCUUCACUGGAACUAAGGGGCCUAGCCCGAACCAUGAAAAACAGCCCCAGACCAUUAUUCCUCCCCCACCAAACUUUACAGUUGGCCCUUUGCAUUUGGGCAGGUAGCAUUCUCCUGGCAUCCGCCAAACCCAGAUUCAUCCGUCAGACUGCCAGAUGGUGAAGCGUGAUUCAUCACUCCAGAGAACGCGUUUCCACUGCUCCAGAGUCCAAUGGCGGCGAGCUUUACACCACUCCAGCCGACGCUUGGCAUUGCGCAUGGUGAUCUUAGGCUUGUGUGUGGCUGCUCGGCCAUGGAAACCCAUUUCAUGAAGCUCCCGAUGAACAGUUCUUGUGCUGACGUUGCUUCCAGAGGCAGUUUGGAACCUAGUAGUGAGUGUUUCAACCGAGGACAGACAAUAUUUACGCGCUUCAACAAUCGCCGGUCCCAUUCUGUGAGUUUGUGUGUCCUACCACUUUGCAGCUGAGCCGUUGUUGCACCUAGACGUUUCCACUUCACAAUAACCGCACUUACAGUUGACUGGGGCAGCUCUAGCAGGGCAGAAAUUUGACGAACUGACUUGUUGGUAAGGUGGCAUCCUAUGACUGUGCCAUGUUGAAAGUCACUGAGCUCUUCAGUAAGGCCAUUCUACUGCCAAUGUUUAUCUAUGGAGUUUGCACGGCUGUGUGCUUGAUUUUAUACACCCCCCCCCCCCCCCCACACACACACACACACACACAUUCACACUUACAUCAGGUAGUCUACAACAACAUACCAGUUUAACACAUACCAGUUGAUGUCCAGACUGGAGCCGCCCCAUCUGCUGUGGCUGUAGCGGCUAAUUGGAGAGCGUUAAAGAAGAAUGGCUGUGAUUAGCACAGAUCAGGGAGAUUAGGAGAUGAAACGCAAGGGGACAAUGGCUGUUGUUCACAUGCAAAUCAGACUGACCUUAAAUGACAGUUAAAGGCCUUUGUUUCUGGAAAGGAUUAAACCAAAAGCUGAAUGGUUGUGUACCACAGCUGAUUGGCUCCAGUGGGAUCCAGUUUCUGGUUUGACCUGAACAAUGUCCUUCCUUGCUGCUCUUCAAGGCAAAUACAUUGAGACUGCGACAUCGUGUAUGCUUGUGAGAAGAUCUUUGUUGUAGAAUCAUUCAAAACAAGUGGACAUUUUAUUGAAGUUGCAAACAAAUAGCCCCAUGUAAGAGCUCUAGUCUAGUGUACAUCAGAACAUCAGCAAUGAAUGUUCACCCAUUGAAGUCAUGAAAAAUGUAUGAACACUGAUUGUAUGCACGCCAUGGUCAGAUUUUAGGAAUGAACCUCUCAGUUUGAUCCUUGGUCUUACAUGCCCACUUUGCCUUUAGGAAGUACAGUGGGGAAAAAAAGUAUUUAGUCAGCCACCAAUUGUGCAAGUUCUCCCACUUAAAAAGAUGAGAGAGGCCUGUAAUUUUCAUCAUAGGUACACGUCAACUAUGACAGACAAAAUGAGGAAAAAAAAUCCAGAAAAUCACAUUGUAGGAUUUUUAAUGAAUUUAUUUGCUAAUUAUGGUGGAAAAUAAGUAUUUGGUCAAUAACAAAAGUUUCUCAAUACUUUGUUAUAUACCCUUUGUUGGCAAUGACACAGGUCAAACGUUUUCUGUAAGUCUUCACAAGGUUUUCACACACUGUUGCUGGUAUUUUGGCCCAUUCCUCCAUGCAGAUCUCCUCUAGAGCAGUGAUGUUUUGGGGCUGUCGCUGGGCAACACGGACUUUCAACUCCCUCCAAAGAUUUUCUAUGGGGUUGAGAUCUGGAGACUCCAGGACCUUGAAAUGCUUCUUACGAAGCCACUCCUUCGUUGCCCGGGCGGUGUGUUUGGGAUCAUUGUCAUGCUGAAAGACCCAGCCACGUUUCAUCUUCAAUGCCCUUGCUGAUGGAAGGAGGUUUUCACUCAAAAUCUCACGAUACAUGGCCCCAUUCAUUCUUUCCUUUACACGGAUCAGUCGUCCUGGUCCCUUUGCAGAAAAACAGCCCCAAAGUAUGAUGUUUUCACUCCCAUGCUUCACAGUAGGUAUGGUGUUCUUUGGAUGCAACUCAGCAUUCUUUGUCCUCCAAACACGACGAGUUGAGUUUUUACCAAAAAGUUAUAUUCUGGUUUCAUCUGACCAUAUGACAUUCUCCCAAUCCUCUUCUGGAUGCACUCUAGCAAACUUCAGACGGGCCUGGACAUGUACUGGCUUAAGCAGGGGGACACGUCUAGCACUGCAGGAUUUGAGUCCCUGGCGGCGUAGUGUGUUACUGAUGGUAGGCUUUGUUACUUUGGUCCCAGCUCUCUGCAGGUCAUUCACUAGGUCCCCCCGUGUGGUUCUGGGAUUUUUGCUCACCGUUCUUGUGAUCAUUUUGACCCCACGGGGUGAGAUCUUGCGUGGAGCCCCAGAUCGAGGGAGAUUAUCAGUGGUAUUGUAUGUCUUCCAUUUCCUAAUAAUUGCUCCCACAGUUGAUUUCUUCAAACCAAGCUGCUUACCUAUUGCAGAUUCAGUCUUCCCAGCCUGGUGCAGGUCUACAAUUUUGUUUCUGGUGUCCUUUGACAGCUCUUUGGUCUUGGCCAUAGUGGAGUUUGGAUUGUGACUGUUUGAGGUUGUGGACAGGUGUCUUUUAUACUGAUAACAAGUUCAAACAGGUGCCAUUAAUACAGCUAACGAGUGGAGGACAGAGGAGCCUCUUAAAGAAGAAGUUACAGGUCUGUGAGAGCCAGAAAUCUUGCUUGUUUGUAGGUGACCAAAUACUUAUUUUCCACCAUAAUUUGCAAAUAAAUUCAUUAAAAAUCCUACAAUGUGAUUUUCUGGAUGUUCUUUUCUCAAUUUGUCUGUCAUAGUUGACGUGUACCUAUGAUGAAAAUUACAGGCCUCUCUAAUCUUUUUAAGUGGGAGAACUUGCACAAUUGGUGGCUGACUAAAUACUUUUUUUCCCCACUGUAGAUGGCACAUCAAUUUGUUUACUAUCCCUCACUGUCACUCAAUCAUCGUUCAUGAGCUCAUCAUCAGAUCUGAGCUGAUGUUACACAGUGUCUAGGAGACCUACAAUGGCUUUGUGGCUAAAUGGAUUUCCCGGUGAAAACAUUUUGAAGCACACAACACAAGGUUGUCUCUCUGUCUCGGGGGUAUCUUCACUCGCUCACAUAUCGCCAGAGGAGUCUCUCCUCUCUCUUUUUCUCCUCACUCUGUUGGAGAAUACAUUUAUUUUCCAUCUUACCAGUCAAAAGGAAGUGGCUUCCAAAACCCUCUCCUGAUGUGGUUUUCAGAGGAAUAGUUUGUAGUCUGCCAUAAGAGAGCAGGCAGAGAUUAGUUGUCUGCUUCAAUUUGAGAUUGCUUAGAACUUCUGACGAGUGCUGCUCGUUGACAUUGGAGUAUAGGGAGGAAAGGAAAUAUCUGACUAAUUGAUUUGGUUGUGGGAGUGUUGGCUCAAGGGUUAUCAAAGCUGGAAUCUUUAAUAGUAAAGCUGUCACGUCUGUUUGCGAUAUUACAACAACAAAAAAGUUACUGCAAACAACGAAAACAGUCCCCCCCCCCCCCCCCUCGGACAUCAUUACACGUGCGAUGGAACAGCAGAAUAUGUCUGCACCUUUUUUAUACCACUUUGGGCGACGCGCCUCUCCUCCGCUUCGUCAACAAAACAAUAAGAAGGACCGUGGCGCUGUUUCCCCUACUGCGGAUUCCAUCUUUAAGUCCACUUAUGGAGUCUCAUGAUAGGAUGCCUUCAUUUGGAUGAUUAGGACCUUCUGGGCCUCAAUAGACAAUGGUUGGAACAGACUGAGGCAUUUUGGGAAAUGUCAGUAAGCAAGAAGUGUGGGAAUUUUCUGCAAAGCUUUCUUCUUACAGCUCACAGUCAGUAAGCAAGAAUCGUAAGGAUGACAAUUGGAUGAGGAACUGAUCUAGAAAGAUGACUCACAUGAAAUCAAAACAAAUUGAUUGGUUAUUUGUUAUUUGUGUUUGGUAAAUUUGUACACAUGCUAUAUUAAUAAUAUAUAAUAUAUAUGCCAAUUAGCAGACGCUUUUAUCCAAAGCUACUUACAGUCAUGCGUGCAUACAUUUUCUGUAUGGGUGUCCCGGGAAUUGUACCCACUAGCCUGGCGUUCUCGCCCUUUGGAUAUGCUAGCUACCUAGCGGAUUUCUUCCCUGAUAGCUAGUGCUACUGUAGCUAGUGAUCGCUAGUGAUAGCAAAAUCUGUCUGUGCGAAAAUAAGCAUUAACCAGUCAAAAAGGGGAUUUUUUGUAUGGCGUUCAAUGAGAGAGUGUUGAAUACGUGAGGCUUAUUUGAUCGAAUAGAAGUUUCGUAAUGUUUAGGUUGUUACAAAUGUACUGAUAUAAGUGGCAUCCCGGCAACUUUGAGAAAACAAUGUUAUAUCGUAACUGUGCCUGUUGUUCACUUGCGAAUCUGCCCUCUCAUUGGCUAGAAUGUUACCGCCUUUGCAGAAAUGUAUUCCCAUAGUUACAGCAUUGACUCCAGUCACUUGCAGUGAGAGUGAUUCACAAGCAAGGUCUAUUUGAAACAUCACCAUCUCCUGGCAGCAUUUACCCAGCAGAUUCAGAGGCUUGAAAAGCCCCUAAAGAUUGAAAACCCCAUAACAUCUUUGCUGACAAUUUAGAAAGAAAACCUCAAAUGUAACAUCAUUCAUGAUGGUUUAUAUUUUAGUUAGUUUUGCAAUCAAAGAUAAUAGUUUCAGUAUAGUUUUAGUUUUUCAAACGGUUUUGUUAAUUAUCUUAUUUCAGUUUACUAAAUAGUUUUUUCAAGAUUAGUUUGUAUUAGUUUAAAAACCUUGCAGAUAACACACACACACACACACACACACACUUUUUCUCUCUUUGUCUGUCUCUCUCUCUCUCUCUCUCUCUCUCUCACUCUCUUUCUUUUUUGAGAGGACAUUCACAUGAUAAACAUUAAUAGACCAUGAUAUACCAUGUUCAAAUGCACUAGGACAUUAAACAAUCCACUGUGAAAUCUUAGCAUGGUAAGAAUACUGCAUGUGAAACCAUGGUUACACAGCACUUCUAGGCCAUGAUGAAAUGAUGGGAACUCUACAUUAAGAGAGGAAUGAAAUGGAAUAAGGCUUGUCCAUCAGCUAUGGGAAAACCUUGGAAUGGGCCACCCAUGUUUAGGAAAAUAGAGUGGGUCCAAAGCAAUUUGCACAGAGAUCCCAGAGAUUGCCAAAGAGCAUCAGAACUGCGACUCAGUCCGACUCCAAUGCCAAAGGUUUCAAAACAUAUUUUCCUUCUCUUUUGUGGAAAGGAAAAACUGCUAGUGGAACCAGUCAAAUAUUUGACAUGAUUAUUUUCAUUAAAUCAUACAUUGUUUUCUUGGUUAUAGAAAUUGUCCAUUGCUUUUGUAGUUGGAGUUGAUAGUUAUGGUGGAUUAAAUUAUAGCUGAACGGUGCAACCUGAUGAGGAUAAACUGGAGCAGUUAAAUUUUUAAAUAAAUGCUCAAUCUGAUUUGAAAAUUCAUCUGGUUUCAAUUUAUCAGUGACUCAAGCCCUCUCAAGGCAAUGAAUAUAUAAUACUGUGUCUGGAAACAAAAGAAUAGGAAAGAGGCCAAUGUGGUUUGACAUUUUUCGAGGAGGAGGGAGCAGGGGGUUGUGUUCAUCCGAAUCCCUCACGCACUGUGGUGGCGGAGGCUGAAUGUACUGUAUUGCUCGUGUGGGUUGCCACGGCAACAGUGAGAGCAGGAGUAUAGGGGAACUGAGGUCCUCCAGUCUGGUACCUCUUCAAAUUUCCCCGGCUCUCUCCGACUUGUACAGACAUGAUGGCAGCAUUUGGGUGGGGAGUAGGGGCGGAGCUUUCACUCCCAUGGGUGCGAGGCAUAGCCAAGGGCCUCCCCUCCUCGUUAUUCCUACCAAUGAGGUCCUCGCUGGUGGCACUCUCAUUCCUCCCUUCCUGCUCAACAUCAACAUUUGUCAUGUCCUCCUCCUGUCCUGCCCUGGCCUCGCUGCUAGCUGUCGGAGUCGGAGCACUCUCAUUCCUCCCUUCCUGAUUUGAUGCUGCCAUGCAGCUGCUGCUUCUGUCAUUGACACGGUCACCAGAUUCACUGACAGUGUCAGGGACGUUGUUGUUAGUCUCAAUAUAUUCAUGCUGCUCAACUUUACUAAAGAAAUGUAUUAAGGGCACAUAUGACCAGGUCUUUUUAUCCUGUUCUUCCUUUUUGUCUUCGCUUCUGAGCCCCAGAUUUAUACCUACGUUCCAUUCUAGCCAUAGCUCUGAUUUUUUGCUAGCUAGCCUGCUAGAUCUAACGCAAAUGAGUGGACGGUCACAGAUUGGUUGGAUCCUAAAAUGCAUUAUUUGAAUCCAUGACAACAGAAGAAUGCACCAAUGAUAUGCGAGGUAAUAUCUUAAACAAAUGCAGACAUAAAGGUAACAUUUUACAGGACACCCAGCGUCAUAACACGUUAUGACACGUUAUGACACGGUCAUAACCAUGUCAUAAUAUGUCAUAACAGCUGACAUAACUUGUCAUAACUUGUUAUAAUAUGGUCAUAUCACUGUCAUGACACAUAUUUAGACCUGUUGUGACAUAUAUUGCGUUAUUUUAUGGCUGGUUAUGGCACCUACAUAAGAGUGUCAAAACCCACUAAACCUAGCACACAAGGCAAAACGUUCCAUUACACCAUAGCCUAUGUGUCAACAGUAUGUUUAUGUUAUAUAUAUAUAUAUUUUUAAUUGACCAUGUAAAAUGAUAAUUGUAAUUACGCACACAGUGAUGUCAGACAUGCACCUACCCCAAUGCUCUGUUGCUGAUGACUGGGAUGAAUGCAGGAGCAGAUUUCAGGAGCUGGACAAGACACCCUCUUUUUGACUGAUGACUGAUAUAAGGGCAUGUACGUGAUAGGCCUAUCUGGCGUAUAUGAUUAUGAUGGUCAUAAUUCUUCUUGACAGUGUCAUAAAGUGUAUUUUCUUAGUCCAAGUAAAGUGACACAGGAUGGUCAUAAUGCUUCAUAACAGUGUCAUAAAGCAUAUUUUCUACAAGUUAUUUAAUAAAAUAUGAUGAAAAAAACAUGACUGAAACAACAAAUGAUUUUAGAAACAAGCUUUCAAAAGAAAGGACAUUUCUUGGCAGGGAAAAAAACUGAUUGGAAUAAAUGUGGGUUUUGACACUCUUAUGUAUGUGUCAUAACCAGCCAUAAAAUAACGUAAUAUAUGUCACAACAGGUGUAAAUAUAUGGGUCAUGACCGUGUUAAGACCAUAUGACAGGUUAUAACAAGUUAUGUCAGCUGUUAUGACAUUAUGACAUGGUUAUGACCUUGUCAUAACGUGUUAUGACACUGGGUGUCAAGUAAAGUGUUACCAUAUAAUUUUUUCUGCUUAUCACGAUUUUUUUCAAUGAUAUGACAAACGUUCUUGGGGGCUUCUCUCAUUGGCUGCCUUGGGUGCGCAUUGAAGCUCCGCCCCUGGUAGGGAGUGUUCAGGUAUGCGCUCAGACACAUAUCUGUCUGCCUGUUAGCAUACACCAGACUCUGAGAACAAUGAGUCUCAAAAAUAGACUCUCCUUAAAGAAAGCCUGGUACUUCAACAACGUAAGUAAACUUCUGAGAACUUUGUGGGAGAGUUUCAUUAUUUUGUCUUGUGGUGGUAAAGGACUCCUGUUUUUUGUUAAGGCAUCUGCUUUAGUAAUUCCUCUCUCUCUCUCUCUCACUCUUUCUCACUCUUUUCUUCUCCUCUCUCUUUCUCUCUCCUCUCUCCCACUCAAAACAGCUGUGUCGGGCGUUCUCUCUCACUAAGGUCUAUCUGGAGUGGGGAAUCACAUUGAUUGUGGUAACGUUUGUUUUCACAGUUGUGCUUUGGGACAGAGGAACUGCUUCAACUUGCGUGAAGGUUGAAACUGCAUUUCUCUCUCUGUGAUCAACAAAGUCAAUCUCUCUUAACCCAGUUUUAAACAAGUCAGUAAGUUGGGAUGUGAUCUGGCAUAGUUUUAACUUUUUCUACAACUCUGGUCUUUAAUAUAAUAAUAUAUGCCAUUUAGCAUACACUUUUAUCCAAAGUGAUACAUUUUACGUGCGUGGGGUGCCAGGAGUCGAACCCACCACCCUGGCAUUACGAGCGCCAUGCUCUACCAACUGAGCAACAGUUGGGUAGACGUGGUCUGUGGUCUGAGCUACAGCUCAGCUGAGCUACAGUGGUCUGAGCUACAGUUUGGUACCUGGGUCAGUGUUGAAUGUGUGGUGUUUAUGACAAACCCGCAUUUGUGUUGGAAAUGUAUGCAUAGCCUGUGGCUGCCAUAUGUUAAUGCUUACAUUGGACAAGUUUAGUUUUAUUUCUCUCUUAACAUCAUUGUGGUUACAUCCCACAUGGCUGCCAUGCUCUUCUCUUGAUUUGAUUUGGAUGCCACUAUCAGAUGUACAGUCAGGUCCAUAAUUAUUGGCACCCAUGAUAAAGAUGAGCAAAAAAGACUGUAAAAUAAAUAAUACAAAUACUGAGCUAUAUUGUAUACAAAGAAAAGGGACAAUUAUAUUAUUUUAUACUAAUACGAUUGCUCAUAGAAAUAGAUUUUGUUUAACAAGUUAUACAAAUAAAUCUGAAAAAGAUUGGUGUCAAUUAUUGGCACCCUUGUUUUCUAUACUCUGGCACCCUCCCCUUGCGAGGAUAACCCAUCUGAGUAUUUUUCUAAAAUGUUUUGUGAGAUGGGAGAACACAUUGGAAGGGAUGUUGGACCAUUCCUCCAUACAGAAUCUUUCCAGAUCCUUGAUAUCCUUCAGUCUGCGAUUAUGGACUGCCCUCUUCAAUUCAAACCACAGGUUUACAAUGGGGUUCUAGUCCGGAGACAAAGUAGAUUUUUGUGGUCAAUUAAACAUUUCUUUGAGGAUGUUGAUGUGUGCUUAGGGUCAUUGUCUUGCUGGAAGAUCCACUUGUAACGAAGUUUCAGCUUCCUACCAGGUUUUUGGCUAGAAUGUCCUGGUACUUGGUUGAGUUCAUGAUGCCGUUGACCUUAACAAGGGCCCCAGGACCAGUGGAAGCAAAACGGCCCCAUAACAUCAAAGAUCCACCACCAUAUUUUAACAUAGGUAUGAGGUUAUUUUCUGAAUAUGCAUCCUUCUUUCGACGCCAAACCCACCACUGGUGUGCUUGGCCAAAGAGCACUAUAUUCGUGUCAUCUGACCAUAGCACCGGUUCCAAUCCAAGUGCCAAUGCCGUUUAGCAAACUCCAGGUGUUUACAUUCAUCUCAAUAAAGGCAUUUUUUGGCAACCCUUCCAAAGAGCCUAUUGGCGUGGAGGUGACAUCUAAUUGUAAAUUUGGAGACUUGGUGACCCUAAGAUGAGACCAAGUUUUUCUUUGCCUCCCGAACCAUCUUCCUCACAAGAUACACUUGCUUCCAAUACCAGGCAAGUUUACCACUGUUCCAGUGGUUUUAAACUUCUUAAUUGUUGUCCUAAUACUGGUAAGUGGUAUAUACUUUUUUUCUACCCAUUGCCAUUUAUGAAGGACAACAGCCAUUUGUCUCUUUUCGUUUGUGAGCUCUUUGCCUUUUCCUAUGGUGAUGGAUGACAAAGGAAUAUUACAUGCGUGUUACCUCAUUUUUAUACCCCAGUGAAACAGGAAUCCAUGUAAAGGCCACAAUACAGUUCCCUAAACUGAGAUUAAUUUUAAAAAAAAAGUAUAACGUUAAUGCAGAUUUUAUUUUGUUGCAAUUUAAUUUAUACGAAUAUUUAGGGAUGCAAAUAAUUUUGACAUCUUGUUGAGAGAAAAAAAAGUAUAUAAUAAAAUCAGUAUUUUUUGCUCAUCUUUAUCAAAGGUGCCAAUAAUGUGGGACCUGACUGUAGCCUACAUUACUACUUUGCAAUCAGUGUAUAAUCUGUGUACCCCCCGUGAGCUCUCUACCAGAACCUGUGCUAUAUGAAAACAUCAGGACUUCAGUAAACUGUGUCUUUACCAAAUGGUGGAUAAGGAUCCACUGGUGGUGGAUCAAAGCCUUCAUGGAUCAAUAAAGCCUUGGUUGUAGCUAAAAAAAAUAUUGUUUUGUCCAUUUGGAGUGUCAAAAGGUAUAAACAUUUGCUUUUGUUGGCUCUAAAUGCUGAAGAGGUUUGUGAAGCUGAACCACCCCACUAAUGAUAGGAUCAAAGCUUGUCCUGCCUAGCAGAGACGUAGCCAGGUAAGCUCAUUUACUACAUUUCUAUGCAAUUUAAAAACUAAAAAAUGCUAUUUGGAGAACAUAAAAAAUGACCCCAGCCAUUAUCACAUUGGUUGCUGUUGCUUCAUUCGUCUCAGUCGAUUUACAAACACAUAGCCUAUUAGCUUUACAAUUAGCCACUACACAUUAACUCACAUUAACUCAGCAGCGGGAUUAAAAACUAUAAUUGUAUAUGUACAGAGGGAUCUGUUAGCAGAAAAAGUAUUUUAUUAGCAAAAAGUGAACAAAUACAUUUGCUUUACGUAACUUUUUCUGUUGGAGUUUUAUAGCUACAUUCCUGCAAUUCUACACAUUUUGCCAUGUUGUGGGGAGAAAUUUCUGGCCGUUUUUAAAAGUUAAUUUCCUGUAAUUUGACCAAUUUUGCCAUGACGUAUGCCAUGUUAAUAUGAUAUCUGAGUGAGAGUGACUAACCAAAUCAAUGGUUGAGCACGUGCCCUGUGUGCUCGGUCGGUAAUUCAGCCAUGAUUAGCUGGCUAGACUAACUAGACAAAUUUAUCAAUCUAACGUUUUUUUACUGACAUGGCCUAAUUGAUUGAGUGACAUACAACAACAGGAAAACUGCUUAUGCACAACCAAGUUUCGAAAUUGCACCUUGUGUAUUCUACUAUUUUGACUCUGAACAGUAAGUUGAGACCCCGACUGAGUUCCUAAUUAUUUAUUUUAUUUGUCCGGACCUCAGUCCUCAUAUGUAGCUACGGUCCUGCUGCCUAGUGUUUAGUGCCUUCCAGCCAGUCACUGGAGGUGUGAACAGAGGAAGAGAGCAGAGCAGUUGAGACAACAGAGGUGGGCAGCCAUUACUUGAUCUCUUCACAGGGGUGUGGAAGCAAUAAUGAGCUGGAAAACACACAGAGGUGUGUGUGGUCCCAGCAGCCCCUGUGGGCUGCCACCACACACACACACACACACAGAUGCACGCACCACGCACGCACACACACACACACACACACACACACAGAGACACAUGCACACACACAAACACUCUGUUUCGUGAAUCAAAAGUGUAACAACUUUUGUAGGUGUGGCGAGAUAAAUCAAAGGAGGGUUGACAUUUCAAUUUUUUUAAUGGAUUAUGUGUGGUGAAGUGUAGCCUACAUGAUGUGAAAGGUAACCUGACAUGACAUGAUCUGACAUGUAUCAUUAUCAUUAAUCAGAAAUACUUCUCAUAUGACACAUAGUGAUUUAGGAGGGAAGGUAUUUGGUUGGCUAUCAUCCACAAUUUGUCAUGAUGAGAUUUACUGUAUCAUGCUCUCCUAUGAGGCAACAUGAAUGAAAGAUUGGUUGGGAAGUCCAUCAUCCUAGAGAACAGGAUAUGGCUGACAUCUCAACUGUUUUUCCCAUCAAUGUAACAAAACACAAAGCCUUGAGAUGUCACACUACUACUAGGCUAAACAAUAUUUGGCUAGGCUACUGCUCUAGCAAAUAAUUUUGCGUUGACAUUUUAGUCAUUUAGCAGACGCUCUUAUCCAGACCGACUUACAGGAGUAAUUAGGGUUAAGUGUCUUGCUCAAGGGCACAAUGACAGAUUGUUUCACCUAGUGGCUCUGGGAUUCGAACCAGCAACCUUUCAGUUACUGGCCCAACGUGCUUAACUGCUAGGCUUCCCACCACUCACCUGUAUAACUGGGUCAUUCUACGAAAAUGGUGGCUUUUUGACCAGUCAUUUUCUUUUUAUAUGUUUUUUUUUUUUUUUACUUAGUCAGAUAAUAGUCAACCCCUUAAAAUGUAAAUUAACAUACGUGGCAGCUUAAUGUAUUUUGCUAUUUUUGCUACAUAAAAAAAUGCCUGUUAUUAUCUAUAUUUUUAUGAAAUUCAGGCUUUCCAGAAUAAUUUGACUAUUUAAUUUGAAUAUAUAAUCAAAGAUAGAAAAGGUUAAUGAUAAUGAUAAGAUGGCGGACAUAGUAGCUCAAAUUAAUCAUCAAAUUGCUAAUAGAAGAGAAAUUGCAGACUCACCAUGUGCUUUUCAAAACAGCCAAAGAACCUUUGACCCAGUAAGAAGCAGCAAGCAUGUUGCAUUUUUUUUUUAAUGGUGGUUUUUAUAAUGGGGUAACACCAGGGACAUGAAAUUGAGAGACAGGUAAUUCCCUGUAAAUUAUUUAUAAUAUUUAGUUGAUAUUUUAGUUCAAGUAAUCCACUAAAUAACUAUAAUACUUUCCUUUGUAUUAUGACAUUGAAAGGGUGUGAAAAAAUAUAUUUUGAACUCUAAAUUUGGCACUUAACCACGACUCCUGACACGAGGGACAAGCUAUGCUAUAUAAAUAAAAAAAAUUGCAAUAGAACUGUCUUACAAAUGUUUUAUUAACACAAAAAACACUUCAAUUAAAACAAAAACAUACAUUUUGUGUCAUUAUCGGACGUUUUUAAGUGUUUUUCCUGGUGGUUAAGGCGGGGGACAGGAAAGCAACCAUUUUCAUAGAAUGACCCAAUUGCAUGGUUUCAGUAGGUACGUUUUAUGAGUUAUAAACUAACCAAGACGUAUGUCAUAUCAUAGAUGAUGGCUGUCUGUAGUUUAGAAUAAAACGUGGUUACUGGAGACUACUGUGUAUUUAAAAGGUGGUGCUUCUAGUACUUUAAACCACCAGUGCUACUGAAGCAACAGUUGAGUGGGUGUUCUCUCCAUUUCCCCCCCUCUGUUUUCUAUUGACCCCUUCAUCUUCUCUCCCUUUGACUCAUGGCUGUAUGUGGUCUAGCCCCCACUCCAGCGGUGGCUUUUAGGACCCGUCUGUUUGAGGUUGGUUCAGCAGCCUCGAGGUUGUUGAGUGAAGACUAGAUGUUGUGGUUCUUGGGACUGCCGCCUGUUCGCCACUGUGAGAGAGGGAAAACCCUGACGCAAGGUUUACAUUUGGUCACCGUCACUCCCAAAAUGGAAUGGACCACAGUGGGUGCACAUGACCAUGAACCCUAACCCUCAGAUGGUCCAAUAUUAUUUACCACUGACUAACUCAGAGACUGACUGGGAAUGGGCGGGCACAAAAUGUGUCUGGACAUGUUCCUCAAGUCAUUGAUCAAUGAAGGAUGUUAUUUUAGAUGCAUAAAUUGCUUCUCCCAGCUGUGACUAAUAGUAGAUCCACAAAGAUAUUUAAAUGAUCUCUUAUUAUGCAAUCUUUUUACAUUAAGCUUAGCUAAUUAUGCAUAGCAAUACUUUGCUGUCCCCGAUAUUAUAUGAUUUAUCUCAAGCAUUAGGCUGGUUGGAAUUGCCUUGUCUAGACAUAUCCAAUUUUCUGUAUGGAGGAAUGGUCCAACAUCCCUCCCAAUGUGGUCUCCAAUCAAAUUUUAACAUUUUAGCAAAAGGCUCAGUGUCGUUAUCCCUUUUAGAGAUUUUUUUUAAUUACUUGUUAAACAAAAUAUCUUUCUCUGAGCAAUUGUAUUAUUAUAAAGUAAUAUAAUUUCUCAAUUGUUUUGAGCAUACAAUAUACAGUUGAAGUCGGAAGUUUACAUACACUUAGAUUGGAGUCAUUAAAACUCGUUUUUUAACCACUCUACAAAUGUCUUGUUAACAAACUAUAGUUUUGGCAAGUCGGUUAGGACAUCUACUUUGUGCAUGACACAAGUAAUUUUUCCAACAAUUGUUUACAGACAGAUUAUUUCACUUAUAAUUCACUGUAUCACAAUUCCAGUGGGUCAGAAGUUUACAUACACUAAGUUGACUGUGCCUUUAAACAACUUGGAAAAUUCCAGAAAAUGAUGUCAUGGCUUUAGAAGCUUCUGAUAGGCUAAUUGACAUCAUUUGAGUCAAUUGGAGGUGUACCUGUGGAUGUAUUUCAAGGCCUACCUUCAAACUAAGUGCCUCUUUGCUUGACAUCAUGUGAAAAUCAAAAGAAAUCAGAAGACCUCAGAAAAAAAUGUGUAGACCUCCACUAGUCUGGUUCAUCCUUGGGAGCAAUUUCCAAACGUCUGAAGGUACCACGUUCAUUUGUACAAACAAUAGUACGCAAGUAUAAACACCAUGGGACCAUGCAGCCGUCAUACCGCUGAGGAAGGAGACGCGUUCUGUCUCCUAGAGAUGAACGUACUUUGGUGCGAAAAGUGCAAAUCAAUCCCAGAACAACAGCAAAGGACCUUGUGAAGAUGCUGGAGGAAACAGGUACAAAAUAAUCUAUAUCCACAGUAAAACCUGUCCUAUAUCGACAUAACCUGAAAGGUCGCUCAGCAAGGAAGAAGCCACUGCUCCAAAACCACCAUAAAAAAGCCAGACUACGGUUUGCAUCUGCACAUGGGGACAAAGAUUGUACUUUUUGGAGAAAUGUCCUCUGGUCUGAUGAAACAAAAAUAUAACUGUUUGGCCAUAAUGACCGUUGUUAUGUUUGGAGGAAAAAGGGGGACGCUUGCAUGCCGAAGAACACCAUCCCAACCGUGAAGCACGGGGGUGGCAGCAUCAUGUUGUGGGGGUGCUUUGCUGCAGGAGGGACUGGUGCACUUCACAAAAUAGAUGGCAUCAUGAGGAAGGAAAAUGAUGUGGAUAUAUUGAAGCAACAUCUCAAGACAUCAGUCAGGAAGUUCAAAGCUUGGUCGCAAAUGGGUCUUCCAAAUGGACAAUGACCCCAAGCAUACUUCCAGAGUUGUGGCAAAAUGGCUGAAGGACAACAAAGUCAAGGUGUUGGAGUGGCCAUCACAAAGCCCUGACCACAAUCCUAUAGAAAAUGUUUGGGCAGAACUGAAAAAGUGUGUGCGAGUAAGGAGGCCUACAAACCUGACUCAGUUACAGCAGCUCUGUCAGGAGGAAUGGGCCAAAAUUCACCCAGUCUGUUGUGGGAAGCUUGUGGAAGGCUACCCGAAAAGUUUGACCCAAGUUAAACAAUUGAAAGGCAACGCUACCAAAUACUAAUUGAGUGUAUGUAAACUUCUGACCCACUGGGAAUGUGAUGAAAGAAAUAAAAGCUGAAAUAAAUUAUUCUCUCUACUAUUAUUCUGACAUUUCACAUUCUUAAAAUAAAGUGGUGAUCCUAACUGGCCUAAGACAGGGAAUUUUUACUAGGAGUAAAUGUCAGGAAUUGUGAAAAACUGAGUUUAAUUGUAUUUGGCUAAGGUGUAUGUAAACUUCCGACUUCAACUGUAGCUCAGUAUUUGUAUUUAUUUUAUACAGUCUUUUUUGCUCAUCUUUAUCAUGGGUGCCAAUAAUUUUGGAGGUGAAUGUAUCUACCAGCACAUUCACACUGAAGUGGCUUCUUAUAACCUCGUCGGGAAUCACUCUCUCUUUCUAAAUUUAUCCUCCAACACACUGAUUUGUAGAGUGUUCUUGGACAAAGCUGAACGAUGCUCCACUCAUUUCCUAUGCUGCAUUUGAAAAUAUUUGCCUUUUAGCUGUAAAUCUUUAUUUUAGCCUUACCAAACUAAUGUUAACAGGUAUACCUUGUUUUCUGCCAUUCUCCCCCCAGCAAUGUCUUCAAAUUGUUUGAUAAGUAAACAUUUGUAGCUGCUGCAUAAAAUCAACCUAUUUGUGUGAAGAGAAGAGACCAUUUUGCUAAUAAAUGAAAUUCCAGGAGUGUGUAUUCACAUUUACAUUUACGUCAUUUAGCAGACGCUCUUAUCCAGAGCGACUUACAGUUAGUGCAUACAUUACUUUUUUAAAAAUUAUAUAUAUAUAUAUAUUUUUUUUUUUCAUACCCCCCGUGGGAAUCGAACCCACAACCCUGGCGUUGCAAACGCCAUGCUCUAUGAACUGAGCUACAUCCCCUGCCGGCCAUUCCCUCCCCUACCCUAGACGACGCUGGGCCAAUUGUGUGCCGCCCCAUGGGUCUCCCGGUCACGGCCGGCUACUAUUCAUUACGGAAACCGUUUACCGUUUAAGAAACAAACGGAAACAAACAGGGAGGGACCUACCUGAAUUUGUCCAAUUGAAACUCUCGUUUGCGUUUUCCGUUUGGAGUAAACAGACAAAACGUUUUGCAACAGAAUCGGCGUAAUGAUUACACCCCAGAACUUUGUGAAAUACAUUUUUGUAGUCUUUCCAAAGAUGCUUGUCAGAAUUGCUGAUCACUCUGUGGCCUAUAGCCUUGUAUAGACUUUCAUUGCCCACUCAGCCCCUGAAUUAGCAUGUGAAAUGUGGCCUAUUAGUGCAAGCAACGGCCGCUUAAGUGGCUCCUCAUGAUGACUUCUAGUCUGACCACGACACCAGUGAGAGGGACGUGCCACAUCUUGGCCUUUGUCUGUGUGUGUGUGUGUGUGUGUGUGUGUGAGUGAGAGAGUGUGAGUGUGCGUCUCUGAAUGUGUUCUUGUGCUCCGAGUGUGUUUUUGUGUGUCCAAAGCAUGUGAGUCAUAGGUAGAGUGUGUGUGGUGAGGGGUGGGCCCUAGUAUUGAGGUGUGAACAGCUGUGUGUGUGUGCGGAGGCCCUGGGCUGGGUCCACCCACAUCCCACAUAAUAACCAUGUGUUGAGAACAGGGGCCCUCCCCUUGCAGUAACGCAUGCACACACAUUUUACAUUUUACAUUUUAGUCAUUUAGCAGGCGCUCUUAUCCAGAGCGACUUAAAGUUAGUGAGUGCAUACAUUUUUCAUACACACACACACAGCACAUUCUGCGCUCAGGCUCCAGUCGUUCCUUGUCUCAGAGCAGGAGGAGGUCAUGACCUUCUCAGCUUCUCACUCAUGUCUCUCUUUGUUCUCUUUCAGUCGGCUGCUUCCUCAGACGGCGGUGAGUACUUUUCUCUUUUUCUUUUCAUGACACUCGUUCUUACGCUCCCUUUAUCUGUGAUAAUGGAACACAGCACAGAGAUGUGUUUCCUGCACCUGUAUGUACUAGGCUAUGUAAUGAGCUUUAAGUUGAGUUCAACGAAAGAGUUCCAAAACAAGCAUGGGCCAAGUGGGGCGUUUUGUCCCUCCAUAUACCUUUUUGUUGAAAAUAAUCGUCACUUUUUGUGUGCCUUUGUCUUGAAUGCGGCUUUCUCAGUUUCCUGUUUGUUUGCUUUUUAUUGUGUGUUUAUUAAGCUCUCCACAACACGCAACGCUGAAGUUAUUGAAUAAAACAGGCUCACAGAAUAUGAUGUCAACCUAUUUAUUUACGACCUCAACAAAAGGCGCUUGUUCAGGGGUUUUAGGACAGGGUUUCCCAACUCCAGUCCUCGAGUACCCCAAGCCAGCACACAUUUUUGUUGUAGCCCCAGACAAACUCACCUGCUUCCACUUAUUGAGGGCUUGAUGAUUAGUUGACAAGUUGAAUCAGGUAUGUUUGUCCAGGGUUACAAUAAAAAUGUGUGCUGUUGGGUGUACUAGAGGACAGGAGUUGGGAAACACUGUUUUAGGAUAGGGUUUGGGUCUGGGUGUUUGCUGUCGGUUCCCCCUUUCACAGACGUUUAAUAAUGUUUGCUGAACGCCAUGGUCAAUGGGGCUGUGGUUUUGGAGGAGCUGCUUAGCUCUUUCACUGAGGAUGUGGCAAAGAAACGCUAUGCUAUUUACCCUGAAAUCCAUCUCAUUAACAAACCAACACAGGCCCCAUAUUUGCUCUCUGCUGGCAAACACAAGAUUCCCAACCAUCAAAUCUAAUACGGCUAACUCCAAACCAAAUAUCAUGUCAACUCCAAACCAAAUAUCACGUCACCGAGGUCAAUUGGCAGAGCUUGAAAUUAAAAUAUAAACAAAUGUCUGGGACAAAUUGAUUGGUGUAAUUGAAAAUGGAAUACAACUAUAGCGUCUUAUAAUGUGAGAUGUAAGGGCUUGUAAAAACCAGCUUGUUUUAUGCCUGUACAACUCUGCUGACACACCUACUGAUUCAGCUGGGCGAGUUGGCUAACAAAGGCAUGAGCUUCUAUAGUUAGACUGUAUCCCGAGGCAUUACUCACAAUGUUGUAAAGUAGUCAGUCACGAACAGUCAUGAUUCAGUGUCCAAGCUGUCAUGUAAUAUUUGCAAUAGCAUUUAGAGGAUACACCUCAUUGUAAUUUCUCCUGUGCUUGUGCAUGCUUAUCAGUGAUCAGAUCCCCUGGUGCUGGAGGCUAUGAAUUCAUCUGUGUAGUGUUUACAGAAAGCUCCCAACAGAGGCUUAAAAUUCCUCACUUCCGUAAGCAUUGGCAGAUGGUGAACAUUUCUCUUGCCUGACAUUGACCAUUCAAGAGCAUUUUGGUAACAGACCCUGUUGUCUUCCUUUUGUGUUGUUCUUAUUGUGCUUUCUGGUUGGUGGGACUUUGAAAUGGGCAUCUGCCGCCAUGAUAGCAGGCACUAACUGUGCGUCCUUGGAAGUACUUGCUUAAAUAGGCCUAUUUCUCUAGAUUCCACAGUUCCCAAGCUAUUCCCUUCUUUUGAGUGGUUACAGACUAAUAGCAUUUUCUCCCCUCUUAGAACUAGCUUAGAAUUGUGUCCCCGAAUGAGCUUUUCUCUGCUGUAGACUAUGGUGCAGUAUCAAGGCUGUUGUUGUCAGAACAGUCACUGUCCUCAUCCCUACCCCUCCUGUCCCCUAACCACUUUCCCUACCAUUUUCCUCUCUCUCCAGACCAUGGUGGUAGUGUGCAGCUCCAGGGCUGCUGCAGCCAGAGCAGUCUGAACAGCAAUGGCAGUCUGCCCGGCGCCGGCAGCCACAGGAGGCUGUCAGAGCGCCGGGUGGCCAGCUGGGCCGCAUGCUUCGAGCGUCUGCUCCAGGACCCCAUCGGCGUCCGUUACUUCUCAGUACGUGCAGUAAAGAACUCUGGGAAAUUGAGUUUUAUUUUAGUUCACAUCAUUUUAGUUCACUGUUAGUUUAGUUAUGUGAUCUGAAACCCAACGAACUCAACAGUCCAUUAUCUCUCUCAUUCUCCAUUCUGUUAGAUGAAAUGUAUACUCGUCUACCUCAGACGUCCAAACACGUGUUCUGUGGAAUAUAAACAGCAGUAUAUACCACUAAUCAACAACAAGAAAAUGUUGUUUUAGUUUGCAUGUUACGUGAUGUUACAAUUCUCUCUCUCAUUCUCCAUUCUGUUGGAUGAAAUCAAUAUGACGCUACCUCAGACAUUAAAACAGGAGUAUUCAAUUCUUACCCUUCGAGGUCCGGAGCCUGCUGGUUUUCUCUUCUACCCAAUAAUUAAUUUCCCCCACCUGGUGUCCCAGGUCUAAAUCAGUCCCUGAUUAGAGGGCAACAAUGAAAAAACGCAGUGGAACUGGUGUCGAGGUCCAGAGUUGAGUUUGAAGGCAUUAAAACAUUAUCUUCUGUUGAACAGAAGCAAUAGUAAACUAUAUAGCCAAUCAACACUGGACCAGAACACUCUCCAGGUUUACUGCAGGUAUGAUAAAGCUGUUGUUUGUGUCUCCACAGGAAUUCCUCAAGAAGGAAUUCAGUGAGGAGAAUAUCUUGUUCUGGCAGGCUUGCGAAUACUUCAGUCAUAUACCUGCAACGGACAAAAAGCAGGUACGGUUCUUCCUCGUACACACCACCAAGACCAAACCAUACUUUCCUAUCUUUUCCAUAGGUUUUGGAUGUCAUGGAUUGAUUAGAAAAGAGCCCUCAAUAUACUGGAUAUGUCUGUGUGUCUCAACAGACAAUGUCUUGGUGCUGGCGCAGCAGUCUAAGGCACUGCAUCACAGUGUUGCGGCGUCACUACAGCCUGGGGUUGCGUUCCCAGGCUGUGUCAUUACCGGCCGUGACCGGGAGUCCCAUAGGGCGGCGCACAAUUGGCCAAGCGUCGUCCGGGUUAGGGGAGGGUUUGGCCGGGGGGGCUCAACUUGGCUCAUCGCGCUCUAGCGACUCCUUGUGUCGGGCCGGGCGCCUGCAGGCUGACUUCGGUCGUCAGUUGAACUGUGUUUCCUCCGACACGUUGGUGCGGCUGGGUUAAGCGAGCAAGCGGGUGUUAAGAAGCGCUGUUUGGCGGGUCAUGUUUCGGAGGACGCAUUACUCAACCUUCGCCUCUCCCGAGCCCGUUGGGGAGUUGCAGCGAUGAGACAAGAUUGUAAUCACUAAAUUGGGGAGAUAAAGGGGGUUAAAAAAUAAAUAAAUAAGUCAACUGCUGUUUGUGCAGCACCUUGUGUGGCUGAGUGAGGAUCCGGUUGUGGCUGAGUGUAAAACACUAGAAUCAGUCCCCUUCAUAACAAUGGACUGGGUUACGUCAUAGUUGUGUGUGUGUUUGUAAAUCCUCUUCCUCUCCAGCUAUCCCAGAGGGCGGGGGAGAUCUACAACAGCUUCCUGUCCAGUAAGGCCACCACGCCGGUCAACAUCGAUAGCCAGGCCCAACUGGCCGACGACGUCCUCACCUCCCCGUGUCCAAACAUGUUCAAGGCUCAGCAGUUACAGGUGAGAGGCCCAACUGGCCGAUGACGUCCUCACCUCCCCGUGUCCAAACAUGUUCAAGGCUCAGCAGUUACAGGUGAGAGGCCCAACUAGCCGACGACGUCCUCACCUCCCCGUGUCCAAACAUGUUCAAGGCUCAGCAGUUACAGUUGAGAGGACCAACUGCCUACUAUGUAAUGUUGUUGAAUAAAUAAUAAUAUACUUUAUUGUCAACCCACCCUUACACACACACACACACACACACACACACACAAAAGGCUAGGAGCAGCACAGUGUCACUGCUGGAACAAUUGUUAUUAUUCAGUGUCAUCUGCCUGUUUCCAAAAUGGCUCUUGUGCUUUACCAAGGUCAAACACAAACUGGCAUACACACACACACACACACACACAAACUCACAGGCCUGUACAACGUCAGUGUAGGUCUGUCCAAUGUUGUUACAAACAUGACUUAAUCAUAGCUGUUACCACAUAUGUCAUAACACCUGUCAUAACCGAUUGUGACCCUUUAUAACACCAGACCCUUUUCUUUCCCCAUUUUGUCUGUAGAUCUUCAACCUGAUGAAGUUUGACAGCUACUCCAGGUUCCUGAAGUCUGGCCUGUAUCAGGAGUGCAUGCUGGCCGAGGUGGAGGGAGGACCUUUACCUGAUCCCUACCAGAUCCCCUGUAGCCCCGCCCCCUCCAAGCACAGCGCCAGCUCCUCCCUCUCCCUCUCCACGCCCAUAAAGGUACCCACCUUGUACUAAAGUAACCUUAACAGCCAAAAGAGUAUAUGCUAUUGUCUUAGUAACCAUUGCAGAUAUUUGUGUAAUUCGCCUGUGGGAUGCACAUUUUGUGUUGUAGCCAGUAUAGGUGUUUGUUAACCUUCAAAACCUCAGGGUCGUAUUCACUAGAUACCAAACGGAAAAAAGGGACUACCUGAACUUGUCCAAUAAGAAACUUGUUUUCCAUUGCAAAAAAAUGUUUUGUUUCAAAAUGUUUUUAAUAGCAAAAUGGUUUGCCUAUGGUGUGCACUAAUGUAUACGACCCAGGUGUUAGACAGGUUGUUUGAACUAGUUGUUUUGUUGACCAAUAGGAGGCCAGGAAGCAGAGGUCAGGAAGGUCACUUAACGAGGACCCCAUAGACGAGCAUGAGGAGCAUAAGAAACGGGGUAUCUUCUUCUCUUGGGCCCGGAACCGGAGCUUCGGGAAGGGACCCAAGAAAAAGGAUAUCGGAGAAAUCAACCUCGGUGGGCGACUCUUAGUCAUAGAAUGUCACAAGGAGUUAAUCUUAUGUAUUCAAUUCAAAUAACAUUUUUCUUUCCCCAGGAGGGAACUUCUUUUGUAUGGUUUCAAUAUUGACAUGAAGCUUUCUGGCAUGCAUUAUGGUGUUGGUUCUUUGGUCAGGCAAUGCACUGCACUGCACUGUGUGCUAUACAUUUGUUAUGAUGAAAGGUGAACUUCUGAAGCUGCAUUUCAAAUGGUGUUUUGAGCUUAAUCGGAUUUAUGUCAUUGCCGAUGUUAAUGCAAUUGUUUUACCUUGACAGUAGCUUGUCUUUUAUGUGGAGCUGUGUUGUGAUGAUGCAUGGAUAGUAGCUUGUCUUUUAUGUGGAGCUGUGUUGUGAUGAUGCAUGGAUAGUAGCUUGUCUUUUAUGUGGAGCUGUGUUGUGAUGAUGCAUGGAUAGUAGCUUGUCUUUUAUGUGGAGCUGUGUUGUGACGAUGUGUGGAUAAUAGCUUGUCUUUUACGUGGAGUUGUGUUGUGAUGUGUGGAUAGUAAGUAGGGACGGGAUGAUACCAGUAUCGCGAUACUAGUUAGUAUCGUGGCAAGGAAACAAAACACAAAGAAAAACAGCCCUAAUGUUGGAAACAAACAUCAUUAUGUUGUCAUCCAGAGUCCCAUUUCUUUAUUUAUAAUAUUAUAGCACACAAUAUUUGACAUACAGCAGGUUUUUAAAGGAACAAAUAGUUUGGUCUGCUUCUUGUUUUCAUAUUUUGCAUGGAAAAAAUAUCGCAAUACUGGUAUUGUCCCUAAUACUAAGUGCGGUUUCUGUCUACAUGUGGAAUGAGUUCCUAACUGUGACCUCUGACCUCCCUGGCCUUCCUGUGUUGGGUAGCUUCCUGGGGCAGCAACGGUCGGAGGGAAUCACAGGGCUCCUUGUCCUCAGGUGCCAGUCUGGAGCUGGCCACUUCCUGUUCAGCGGGCAAGAUCGAGGUAACAUCCCGCUGCACGGCCAGGCCAGGUCACCAUGGCAACACUGAACCAAGAUAGCUCUGUAGUAGAAGCAGACAUUAUACAGAUCAUGACUCUUAGUUUUGUGGCAUGUUGGCAGAAAGUCCUCUUGACUUGGGAAUGCCGCUGUCAAAAUGUUUAUGACAGGUGUUAUAUGAAACAUAUGACUUAAUGGGGGUUCAUUUCAAGGUUCAGACGUUCAACUUAGUUUUCAUUAUCCCAUAGGGAAAUUUGGUUUGCAGGCAGGAUGAACAGAAAACACUACAUUCAAUACAAAACAUAGACACUGUUGUGGUUUUUAACUCUUGGUCCUCUCUCUUGCUUCCGUUGAGUUCUAUCGCUGACUAUGGUUUAUCCUGUGUAGGGGGACAAUCGUCACUCAGUGCCGGUGUGGGAGAGGGUGAGGGAGUGCUCCGCCAAGCACUGCAGCGUGACCUUGCCGGAUGGCUCGUGCUCCUCUGUGACCCUGCGGCCGGGGGCCACCAUCAGGGAGGUGCUCAGGGACCUCUGUCAGAAGCUCUGCAUCAAUAUGGUCGCCGUCGACCUCUUCCUGGUGGGAGGAGAGAAGGUGAGGGAAGGACACUGAUUCUUAGCACAGUUACUGUUCCCCUUUACUGUGCAUCUCAAUGUGGAUUUAGAGUGAAAUAAUCCAGAUUCAUUUAUGUAUUAAGUAGGGCUGUCAAACGAUUCAAAUAAUGAAUCGAGUUAAUGGCAUUAUUAAUGGUAUAAUAAAGAAUUUGCUCAAAUUUGGCCCUAAAGAAAGAUUUUUCCAUUUAAAAAGCAGUGCAUUUACUUACAGGUAGGGCUGUUGUGGUGACCAUAUUACCAGCAGUCAUGAAUCAUGACCGCAGUCAAAUGUAAUCUCCUCUUAUGCACUCUGGAAAUACGUUGGUAGUACCCAACUCACUAAUGACCAUCAGGUCCAAAUGGCCUGGUACUCAGGGCUCUAUUGGCCCUCUAACCACUCUGACUUCAAUGUAAAUGCUAUGGAAAAUCACAUCAAACACUUAUCAUAAAAACAGUAUGUGCUUUUAAAACUCACAUCACUGUGAUUGAUCAAUUUGAAGAAAGAAGUUCAACAACAGGUUGAAAUUGAUUGGAAAACAUGGUUGUGUUGGAUGUUGUUUCAAAGCCUAACACAACGAAAUGGACAGCGCUUUCUAAGGUGAUGAUUAAUUUAAAACACCCAUACGCAUAUUAAAUCUUAUGCAUAGCAUAGGCCUAUAUAUGAGCCCAAGCAUGACAAAACCGUUGGCAACUCGAACCUUCAGCUCCCUCCACAGAUUUUCUAUGGGAUUAAGGUCUGGAGACUGGCUAGGCCACUUCAGGACCUUAAUGUGCUUCUUCUCGAGCCACUCCUUUGUUGCCUUGGCCGUGUGUUUUGGGUCAUUGUCAUGCUGGAAUACCCAUCCACGACCCAUUUUCAAUGCCCUGGCUGAGGGAAGGAGGUUCUCACCCAAGAUUUGACGGUACAUGGACCCGUCCAUCGUCCCUUUGAUGCGGUGAAGUUGUCCUGUCCCCUUAGCAGAAAAACACCCCCAAAGGAUAAUGUUUCCACCUCCAUGUUUGACGGUGGGGAUGGUGUUCUUGGGGUCAUAGGCAACAUUCCUCCUCCUCCAAACACGGCGAGUUGAGUUGAUGCCAAAGAGCUCGAUUUUGGUCUCAUCUGACAACAACACUUUCACCCAGUUCUCCUCUGAAUCAUUCAGAUGUUCAUUGGCAAACUUCAGACGGCCCUGUAUAUGUGCUUUCUUGAGCAGGGGGACCUUGCGGGCGCUGCAGGAUUUCAGUCCUUCACGGCGUAGUGUGUUACCAAUUGUUUUCUUGGUGACUAUGGUCCCAGCUGCCUUGAAAUCAUUGACAAGAUCCUCCCGUGUAGUUCUGGGCAGAUUCCUCACCGUUCUCAUGAUCAUUGCAACUCCACAAGGUGAGAUCUUGCAUGGAGCCCCAGGCCGAGGGAGAUUGACAGUUCUUUUGUGUUUCUUACAUUUGCGAAUAAUCGCACCAACUCUUGUCACCUUCUCACCAAACUGCUUGGCGAUGGUCUUGUAGCCCAUUCCAGCCUUGUGUAGGUCUCUUUGGUCUUGGCCAUGGUGGAGAGUUUGGAAUCGGAUUGAUUGAUUUCUUCUGUGGACAGGUGUCUUUUAUACAGGUAACAAGCUGAGAUUAGGAGCACUCCCUUUAAGAGUGUGCUCCUAAUCUCAGCUCGUUACCUGUAUAAAAGACACCUGGGAGCCAGAACUCUUUCUCAUUGAGAGGGGUUCAAAUACUUAUUUCCCUCAUUAAAAUGCAAAUGAAUUUAUAAAAUUUUUGACAUGCGUUUUUCUGGAUUUUGUUGUUGUUAUUCUGUCUCUCACUGUUCAAAUAAACCUACCAUUAAAAUUAUAGACUGAUCAUUUCUUUGUCAGUGGGCAAACGUACAAAAUCAGCAGGGGAUCAAAUACUUUUUUCCCUCACUGUAUUUUUUCCCCUGCACCUGUUCCCGCCCAUUUGAUAAUGGGCCAUUCUAAAUCUAAACAAAUUUUACAUAUUAGUAAAGACAAGAUUAUAUUGAAAAUAGUCUGAUGGGUGAAAAUAUGAUCAGUCGAUGAGAGAACAGCGUGUGCAGCCUGAGACUAGGAACAGAGCGCAAGCUUUUUUUGUUACUUUCUCAAAUCAUCAAUAGCCUAUAGUCGCUUCAUGCAGCCCAUAUAUGUUUUGAUUUCUAAGACAUUAAGGUUUGUAUCAUUCACAACUAAAGUUGCCAAAUAACUAUAAAUCUAUCAUAUAGGACCUGUUUCAAAUUAUAACUUUUACGCUCAACAUGGCCACUUCAUAUGCGCACUCGCUCCGGAAUGGGAAAAUAUCCUUUCUAUUUUAUUCAGCUAAGUUCGAUUAUAUUCUUCUUACUAUAAAAUCAUAUAAUAUAAGGGACUAAUAAGCAUAUAUUGUCAGCUAAAUUAACAAGUCUACAGCCACACACACACACACACACACACGCACACACAGCUUUAAAGCUGCAGUGUGUAACUUUUUGUGCGACCCGACCAAAUUCAUAUAGAAAUGUGAGUUAUAGAUCUGUCAUUCUCAUUGAGAGAAAGUUUAAGAAGCAGUAGAUUCGUUCUAUGUGCGCUAUUUCUAUGCUUCCCGUGUUAAGUUUCGGUUUUGUACACCAGCUUCAAACAGCUGAAAAUACAAUAUUUUUGGUUAUGAAAAAUAUAUUUCACAGCGGUUUAGAUGGUACAAUUAAUGAUUCUCUACACUAUACUUGCUUGUUUUGCCACAUAAACUGAAACUAUUAGAAUUUUAGCAACCAGGAAAUGCCGAAGCGAUUUCUGCAUAGUGCAUCUUUAAGAAAUGUUAAAGCCUCAGUCUCUGGAUACGAAGAACAAAGAGCUUUUAAACUUGUCCGACAAUAUCAUGAAAACACUGUAACCAUCUGUACUGCUCAGCAAACUUUACACACACAGGCCUCCACACUCUCCCUCCUUCCCUCUCUCUCUCACUUACUCCUGCUCUCACACACACACACACACACAAUCAUACAUACCCCACUCUUGCAUAUGCAGCCUACCUUCGAAGCAUCUCUUUGAGUACCCUAUCCCUUUUCAGUUCUUCCUGUUCCAUCUACAUUUGUGCAUAGCCUAGUCAGUAGUAAAGUUAUCAGGUUUCUAGCUAGCUAAACAAUGUUGUUUGUUAUCAAACCAAAAUGUUUUGUCUUGCGAGUAGUUUAAAAAGGCCUUCGACAUGCGCACGAAUCCGCAGCAGAAAGAAUAAAUAUUGGGCAUAACUUUUACAUGAUUUGCGCUAGAGGCACACAGUCUUCAGCAAUGUAGCUAGAAACGCAAACAUUGACUGUAGCUGUGUUCUGUGUUGGGUUCUGCGCUUAAAAGGUUAUGUGCAGUGAAGAAAUGGAGCCGCGAUUAAUGGCAUCCAAAAAAAUUGUGCCGAUAAACAUGUCACACGUUAACGUGUUAUUAACGCGUUAACUUUAACAUCCCUGGUAUUAAGUGGUUAGUUCCCGCUGGGGCCACACAUACGAAAACAUUUAUGUACACAUGACUAUAAGUUGUUUUGGAUAAAAGCGUCUGAUAAAUGGCAUAUAUUACUAUUAUUAUAAUAUUGGUUAGGCAUCGCUUCAUGGCUUUGUGAGUAGGUUUUCAUGUUGUUUUCUAUUUUGUUUAGCCUUUAGUGCUGGACCAAGAUUGCAUGACCCUCAGCUCACGGGACCUCAGAAUGGAAAAGCGCACCCUGUUCAGGUAAUAGCAGAUGCAUCUACUGUAUACAUUAUAUAUACAAAAGUAUGUGGACACCCCUUCAAAUUAGUGGAUUUGACUAUUUCAGCCACACACGUUGCUGACAGGUGUAUAAAAUCGAGCACACAGCCAUGCAAUCUCCAUAGUCAAACAUUGGCAGUAGAAUUGCCCGUACUGAAGAGCUCAGUGACUUUCAACGUGGCACCGUCAUAGGAUGCCACCUUUCCAACAAGUCAGUUCAUCAAAUUUCUGCCCUGCUAGAGCUGCCCUGGUCAACUGUAAGUGCUGUUAUUGUGAAAGGGAAACGUCUAGGAGCAACAAUGGCUCAGCCACAAAGUGGUAGCCCACAAGCUCACAGAACAGGGUCGCCGAGUGCUGAAGCGCGUAGCUCGUAAAAAGUGUCUGUCCUCGGUUGCAACACUCACUACCGAGUUCCAAACUACCUCUGGAAGCAACAUCAGCACAAUAGCUAUUCGUUGAGAGCUUCAUGAAAUGGGUUUCCAUGGCCGAGCAGCCGCACACAAGCCUAAUAUCACCAUGCGCAAUGCCAAGCGUUGACUGGAGUGGUGUAAAGCUCGCCGCCAUUGGACUCUGGAGCAGUGGAAACGCGUUAGCUGGAGUGAUGAAUCACGCUUCACCAUCUGGCAGUCCGACGGAUGAAUCUGGGUUUGGCGGAUGCCAGGAGAACGCUACCUGCCCCAAAGCAUAGUGCCAUCUGUAAAGUUUGGUGGAGGAGGAAUAAUGGUCUGGGGAUGAUUUUCAUGGUUCGGGCUAGGCCCCUUAGUUCCAGUGAAGGGAAAUCUUUACGCUACAGCAUACAAUGACAUUCUAGACGAUUUUGUGCUUCCAACUUGGUGGCAACAGUUUGGGGAAGGCCCUUUCCUGUUUCAGCAUGACAAUGGCCCUGUGCACAAAGCGAGGUCCAUACAGAAAUGGUUUGUCGAGAUCGGUGUGGAGGAACUUGACUGGCCUGCACAGAGCCCUGACCUCAACCCCAUUGAACACCUUUGGGAUGAAUUGGAACGCCGACUGCAAUGUCCCCGCAGCAAUGUUCCAACAUCUAGUGGAAAGCCUUCCCUGAAGAGUGGAGGCUGUUAUAGCAGCAAAAGGGGGACCAACUCUAUUAUAAUGGCCAUGAUUUUGGAAUGAGAUGUUCGAUGAGCAGGUGUCUACAUACUGUUGGGUAUCUCAAUAUUUGUAUUUCUCCAUAUCGCUCUCUCUCUCUCUCUCUCUCUCUCUCUCUCUCUCUCUCUCUCUCUCUCUCUCUCUCUCUCUCUCUCUCUCUCUCUCUCUCUCUCUCUCUCUCUCAUUCCCCCCUUUUUAUUUACCAAUGUGACAUUUGAAAUAACUCUUCGCACCUCCAUUCUCCCAAGAGAAUCAUAAUAAAAUCAUAUGAUUGGGUUAGAGAAAGUAUCUGUAUAUUUAAUUUCCCUCUAUUUUUAGGCUGGACCUGGUACCCAUUAAUCGGUCUGUGGGCUUGAAGGCCAAACCCACCAAACCCGUCACCGAGGUCCUGCGUCCUGUCGUGGCGAAGUACGGCCUCCACCUCAACGAUCUGGUAGCCAAAAUAGUACGUCUGGCUGGGUCGCCUCAAGGUUUUCUGUUUGCAGCUGUGUAUCCAACCAGGCCCAGCUCUUCUGUAGAGCAUGGCACUGGGUGUAGUCUCAUUGGCUUGGAAGGGGGAAGGAACCGCAUCCUCUUCAAAUGUUAUGGGUGGUUAGCUCAUUCUGACUCAACCAGACUCAGAUUUUGCAGAAAGAGAGCUAUAAUUAUGAAUGACUACACUCCUGAAACAUGAGGGAUGAACCGGGGUAGAAAGACUCCUCCCUUCUCCCCAAAAUCCUUGCCAGUUAGUUAGUUUAUUUUGGUCCUGUGGUGGGUUUCCAAGCAUUUACCCUAGUAUUAUACAGGAAGCUAAAGCCACAUUCUAAAUAGAGCGAUGGCUUCCAUUUCUUACAUGGUUAAUGAUAGUACACAGAAGUUGACAUGAUACGCUACAUGUUUGUAUGACAUGCUAAUAUGGUAUCAUGCUAAUCUGCUGAAAUGGAUGGGAAUGUGCUAAUAAUGCUAGCAAGCGAAACAUGCUAAAAUGCUGGGUAUUUUGACAGAGUGGAGAAACGGAGCCUUUAGACCUAGGGGCGCCCAUAUCCAGCCUCGACGGCCUGCGCAUAGUGCUGGAAAGAGCGGAUCCUGCUACCUCAGGGAAAGGUAAGACCGCCACCACACCAAACUCCAAAAACACAUGCUAAGACAAGAGACAAGGUCAACCAACCCUGAAGAGGGUCACUGUUUCCACUCACUCCUACAGUGACCUUGCAUGGUCCCAGAUCUGUUUGUGCCAGCAUUCAUGUCAAUCUGUUUGUCUUGCCAGUGUAACCGAGUUAAGGACGUACCACAAGCUCACUCCACAGCUAGCUUGAAAUGUCACCGUUGGAGCUAUCAAAUCGGUACCUGUUGUAUAGCUCAAUCGGUUUGCACAUUGUCAAGCAGGCAGUCAGGUGUGUUGGCGAGGUAGAGGACCUUGGUUCAAGCCCAGUCAGAGGUAGGUUCAGGGAGGUAGCGCUACAUGCUAAGCUAGCACGCUGACAGCAGUUAUACCAACACAUUUAACAUUUUAGUCAUUUAGCAGACGCUCUUAUCUAGAGCGACUUACAGUUAGUGAGUGCAUACAUUUUCAUACUGGCCCCCCGUGGGAAACGAACCCACAACCCUGGCGUUGCAAGCGCCAUGCUCUACCAACUGAGCUACACGGGGCCCCUAUGGUUACUGUCCAUAGGAGUUAGCAAGACGGCACAAACAGAUCUGGGACCAGGCUAACAGUGACCCAAUGGCAUACUCAAAUCCCCAAACACCCUAAGAUAGUGACUGGAUUAAUCCAGUGGCAACAUUUUUCCAAUGUUGACCUUGAACUUCAGCCCAUCUGUUUCCAGGGAUUUAAACCGCUCUUGUAAUCAAUGUCCUGUUUUGUUGUCCCACUGACUUCCAGUGAUAAACAAAGAUAUCAGAGUUAUGGAGGAUGCGUGGGAUGGCUCAUUGGCUCAGAUUCACCUCCUUGUUGCUUUUCUCUUAUCUCUCUAUAGAUUCCAAGUCCAAGUCAGCCUCCUUGAAAGCCCAUCUGCCAUCUUUGACCAGCAGGAGUCUUUCAGCAACAGUAAGGAGACUUCUUCCUCCUCCUUUUAUCCCUGUUUUCACUUUUCUCAAGUAUCCUUAAAGUUCUAAAUGUGCUCUGUGUUCGGCUCCCCUGCUACGCUGCUUCUUAACAAUUUAAUGUCACAUAAUAAGUGGUUUCCUUGCUUGAAUGCUGGCUGCAGCUGACUUGAACACUGACUGACUUGACCCCCUGCUUUGUAGUUCAGCCUCCAGGUCGCCUUUAUAGUUGAGACCUGACCUUGUCCCCUAGGGAUAUUACAGUAACCUAAUUUACUAAGCAUCAAAGAAACAACACGCAUCAAAGGAACAACACGCCUGUGUUUUAUGGUUGUUUUGGGGGGUUCCUUUACUUCUGAAAAUAAUCGGGGAACAGGUGCGAAGACUUAAACACUUACAGCGUAAGUCAAUCUGGCCUGGAUGUGUUGUAGUGUUGUUAGUACACGGCCUCCUUCCUCCCCCUUAAUGGAGUGCGUUGUUAUUGUUGCGUCUGCAGGGAGAUGACAGGUCAUCAGGAAAGGCAAGCGGACCAGACCCGUCGCUCCCUACGGAAAAGAGAAAACCGAAAAAGAUUAAUAUAGAUGAAGCUGAAGGUAAAUCAUCCCCCUGUCUUUCUACUCUGUGGUGGCUUCUCUGAGCUUUGCUUCGCUGCGUCACCAACACCAUCUCUUUGGCAGCACUAAAAGGAGCCUUCAACCUUCACAAUUAUCUCUCAGUGCAGCGUGGGGCUGUGUACUGUCCACGUUAAACUAACUAAUCCCCUUUUUAUUUGACCUGUUUCCUUGUUCUUGGGGAGGGCUUUAGAAAUAGGAAGUAACUGAUUUCUUUCUCUUUAGAAUUCUUCGAGCUCCUAAGCCGGGCGCAGAGCAGCCGGAGAAAUGCCCAGAGAGGCCUCCUGAACAAAGAGGACCUGGAGUUACCUGACUUCCUGCGGUUAACCCCCUGCUCCCCCUCCACUGCCUCCCUAGACGUGGCAUGCUCCACCCCCGCCUCCAUCGAACAGGGCCAGGUGGUAGGCAGGUUGAACAGGGUGGGUGGUACCCCUGCCCGCGGCCCCCUCAACGCCAGCCUGCGCUCCGAGAGCCUGGACUCCUCCCUCAGCAGCGCCAACGGACACUCCCACUCCGCUGCGGGGCGCCGGGCACUGCACCCACCCCGCCACCCCAUCUCCACCUUCGGCGCCACCCUCUCCCCCAUACCCCGCCCCUUGGAGGCUAGAGGCCCGGGCCUCAGGACGCUGGAGGAAGACACCCAUGCUGACCUGACCUUGGUGGGAGAGGGGGACAUCAACAGCCCCAACAGCACCCUGCUGCCCCCCUCGCCCGUGCCG